AUGGCGAAGGGUCGAUUCAGUCAGCCGUACUUUGGCUUGAAGGGAGGAUGGUUGACAUUCUGGGUAACCGUUGCAUGUGCAACGGAUAUGAUGUUGUUCGGUUAUGAUCAGGGUGUUUUCGGUGGUGUCAUCGUAACAAAAGACUUUCUUGAUGUACUGCAUCUUCACAACAACGCCAGUCUGGUGGGAACAGUCACGGCCAUCUAUGAUGUCGGCUGUCUGGUUGGGGCCAUAGCUGCCAUGUAUGUCGGAGAAAAAUGGGGUCGCAAAAAGACCAUCCUAUGUGGAACGACGAUCAUGUCCAUCGGCGCUGUUCUACAGACUGCCGCUUAUGGUGUCCCUCAGAUGAUCGUCGGUCGAGUGAUAGCCGGUAUUGGAAACGGUAUUAACACUGCCACGGCCCCUGUGUGGCAGGGAGAGACUUCACAGAUCAAGUGGAGAGGCAAGCUCGUUAUCAUUGAAAUGAUCCUUAACGUUGCCGGCUAUUCACUCUCCAACUGGAUGACCUUUGGGUUUUCCUUUGUGCCUGGGCCGGCGUCAUGGCGAUUCCCACUUGCCUUUCAAUUUGUCUUCAUUUUCGUCCUCUAUGCCACCGUCCCAUGGCUGCCAGAGUCCCCUCGCUGGCUGAUUGGCCACGACAAAACGGAGAAUGCUCAGCAGAUCAUCGCUGAUCUGGAGGACAAAGAUGUCCACGAUCCCCAUGUCAUUGCAGCCUACACCGAGAUCAUCACCGCGGUACAAUAUGAACGCGAACACGCCAUCUCCUGGAGUCAGCUCCUGCGCGGCAAGACCGGAGACCAGGGCGGCACCUGCGUGAUCCGCCGUCUGAUACUGGGAGCCGGCGCACAAGCUAUGCAGCAGCUGGCUGGUAUCAACGUCACGUCAUACUACCUGCCCACGGUCUUGAUGGAAUCCGUCAAGCUAUCCGAGACACUAUCACGACUGCUUGCAGCGUGCAAUUCCGUCUCAUACCUGAUUGCUAGCACACUAGCCAUCCCCAAGAUCGACGGCUGGGGUCGACGCAAACUCAUGAUCUGGUGUGCUUUAGGUCAGGGCGUCUGCUACCUGAUGAUCACUGUGCUGCUCCGAUUUAGCGAGAAGCCGGACUAUCCCAACCAGACUGAAGUGGCGGCUGCUGCGGUUGCCUUCUUCUUCUGCUACUACCUGUUCUUCGGGUGCAGUUAUCAGGGUAUUGGAUGGCUUCUCCCAGUGGAACUCAACUCGCUUAGCAUGCGGACGAAGGGAGCUGCGCUUGGUACGGCGACCAACUGGGCGAUGAAUUUCAUGGUCGUGGAGGUUACUCCGGUCGGGAUCCAGAAUCUGGGAUGGAAGUUCUAUAUCAUCUGGACUGUCUUCAACUUUUCUUUCAUUCCUAUUGUCUACUUCUUCUAUCCUGAGACCGCCAACCGCGCGCUAGAAGACAUUGAUGUUUUCUUCCGUGAGAAUCACAGUAUCUUCGUCAACGGGAACCCGGAGGCUAUCAGCGUCGCUCGACCGCAAAGGUAUAUCGAGAUGGAACAAGCUCUCACAGACCAGAGUACCUCCAUUUCGAAGGCGAAGCAGAUGCUAAGUCAUGAUGAGGGACAGAUUGAGUAUCACGAGACUGUUUAG